AUGGAACUAUUGCAAUAUCUUGCUUUUCCUACACAGAUGAGCGUCGAUAUUGUACCUAUACGUGAUAUGCCAUUUGCAGCUGUGACUGUAUGUAACGCCAAUCCAUAUAGGAAAGAUCGAAUGGACGUAGCGGUAGAAGCUUAUGCCGAUGAGAUGCAUAUCAAUCUCAAUGAAUCGACUCCUGAAUCAUUAGCUUUUCCCAUGCUCGUUAGUAUGUUCAAUCGAAACAAGUCUGAUGAAUUCGAAAAACUUGGAUUUCAACUAUCGGACAUGUUACUUACAUGCUCGUAUAACGGUAUUAACUGUGCAUCGAAAUUCGUUCAUUCACUAUCAGCUGUCUAUGGUAAUUGUUUUACAUUUAAUUGGAACAUAUCUACGAAUAAAGUAUAUACCUUAGCUGAUCUUGGUUCGACAUUGAUACUACGCGAAGGCUUAUCAAUGACUUUUUACAUACCGAGUCAUCUUAGUUUUCCAUGGAUGUUUUUCGAGGAUGGUCUUAUUUUAUUCUUACAUGACAACAAUGAACUUCCAUACUUGGCUAAAAACAGUAUACGAUUACGACCUGGUCUCGCUCAUACAAUAACAUAUCGAAAAAGUCAAACAUUUUUUCUUCCUAAACCUUAUACAAAUUGUACAACUGUAGUUGGAGAUAAUUUGCGUCAUAUCUAUGAGGUUAUCUACGAUCCGUAUUUGGCUCAUCAAGUGGCCUAUUCCGAAGCUUUAUGCUACGAAUUAUGUGAACAAGCUUACAUUUUCUCACGAUGUUUUUGCAUUUUACCUAUUCCAUUUCUUAUGCGACAUGUCUUCUCAUUAGAUGAUAAUGGACUUCACUUUACCAAUACUUGUAUGCCGAAUACGACUGAAGAAGAAUGUGCAUUGACUGCACGGCAAAAAAUAGCUGAAAAUGCAUCUCUUAUGGCUAUUUGGUGUUCUCGAUGUGCUCCACAAUGUAAACAUACACAAUUUUCGAUCGAUGUUAGUGCAUUACUGGCACCAACUACUCAUCAAAAAGCAUCUUUGAAAAAGAUUUUACUAGAAAAUAAUUUAAAUCUAUCCUUGCCGAAUGACUUUGCUACGAAUUAUGAUGCUUAUAUGGAUGCCAAUUAUUUACGAGUGACUGUAACAUGUGCUAGUCCAUAUGUGACAAUAAAUAAACAAAAAGCUAAACUAACGUUCGUUGAUACAUUUUCAGCUAUUGGAGGACAAACUGGAUUGUGGAUUGGUCUUAGUACAUUAAGUUUAAUGGAAUUUUGUGAGCUGAUCUAUCGAUUAAUAAUGAAACAAAUUACACUAUGCCGAUAUCGACGAAAUACUCGCACUGAAGUGCAAAUAAUAUCAUCGACGGCGAGCACAACUGAGAAUUUACCAAAUCAAUCACAAUAA